AUGGCACCAAGGCAGUUGCCGGAAUGGACGAUUGUGGAUUUCAUACAUAGAGGGCCAUGGUGGCGGAAUCACGGCAUUCUCAUGCUUAAUCUCUGUCUAUGCAUCCCUCUGAUGACAUCAGCUGUCAACGGUUUGGAUUCCUCAAUGGUCAACGGUCUCCAAAUCAUCCCCGACUGGCAGGAAUAUUUCAAGCAUCCGACAGGGAUCGCCUUGGGAUUAAUUAAUUCAGCGCAGAGCAUCGGUGGUUUACUGGGCUUGCCACUAACACCACUGGCUUCGGAUAAUCUGGGUCGGCGGGCAGCUCUCUUCAUCGGCUCAGUGAUCAUGCUUGCUGGCGUCGCCCUUCAAUGCGCUUCUACCAACGUCCAAAUGUUCAUCGGUUCACGCGUAAUGAUCGGAGUAGGGUUAACGUUCUCACUUAACGCCGCGCCGCUGCUCCUCAUCGAACUGGCAUAUCCAACACAGCGAGGAAAGAUCACCUCGAUAUACAAUUCGAGUUGGUAUCUUGGAAGUAUCGUUUCCGCUUGGUCGUGUUUCGCUUCCUAUGAUCAAGCGAGCGGGAGUAUGUGGUCAUGGCGUGUACCGACCCUUAUUCAGGCUGCUGCGCCAUUGCUCCAGGUCAUUCUCAUUUGGCUCCUCCCAGAGAGUCCUCGAUUCCUUGUAUCUAAAGGCUUAGAGGGACAAGCUGCCCGUACAUUGGCGAAGUAUCAUGCCAACGGUGGCGACGAACGCGACCCGCUUGUUGUGUUUGAGAUCGCUCAGAUAAGGCAUGCCUUGCGGAUGGAAGAAGAAAUCAACAAGAGCACCAGCUGGUAUAGCUUGGUUUCAACUCCUGGGAAUCGAAAGCGCCUACGCAUCAUCGUCGCGAUCGCUCUAUUUUCUCAAUGGAGUGGUAACGGUCUGGUGUCGUAUUACAUCAACCUAGUCCUUGAAGGUGUCGGCAUUUCCAGUACACGCACCAAAGCGGCAAUCAACGGAGGCUUGCAAGUAUUCAACUUCUUCAUCGCUAUCACGGCAGCCAUGCUCGUUGACUGGGUCGGCCGUCGCACACUCUUUAUUGCAUCGAAUGCUGGGAUGCUUAUAACUUUCUCGAUGUGGACAUUGACCACGGCGCUUUUCAGCGAAUUAAACAACACUGCUGCUGCAAAAGCAACAAUUCCUCUCAUUUUUAUUUUCUAUCUUUUCUACGACAUUGCCUACACGCCUAUGCUCGUUGCGUAUACCCUGGAAAUUCUGCCGUAUAAAAUUCGUGCAAGAGGGUUCGCUGUCAUGAACUUGACGGUCUAUUUGACAUCCGCUUUCAAUCAAUUCGUCAAUCCAGUAGCAAUUCGAGCGCUCGGAUGGUGGUAUUACUUAGUAUACGUUGGAUGGCUCUUGUUCGAGCUUAUCUUCGUUGUUAUGUGCGUCGUUGAAACGAAAGGGCGUACGCUGGAGGAAACUGCAGCACUCUUCGAUGGGGACCAGCAGCAGCAGGAUUUGGUUCUCAUGGGCGGCGAAGCCGCAACGAUGACAAUGGGCCAGCGGAAUUUCCUUCAACAACACUCAAAACAUGAAGAAGCUCAAGGAGAGCAACAUGAGCUCAGACCACGAAGUUCCUCGUCACAUUCAAGCAUGGCUGUUGCUAUAUGA